CCGUCCGCUGCUGCGGAAGGCACAGCGCUCAGUAUCGCGCACUUCCUCUGCUGGUGUCCACCGAGGGAGUACCGGUUCGAAGAGCUCCCAGUCGCAGCGGUCCUGCUCUGAUCAGAAGGCGCAGACAUGUCCGAACAAAGUAAGGACCUGAGCGACCCUAACUUUGCAGCCGAGGACCCCAACUCUGAGAUGCAAGUCAGUCCUGCGGAUCCGGUGGCGGUCCCUCCACCCGUGUCUCCUGCCGAGACCCCAGCAGGGCCACCAAGCGCUCCUGAAGGCCCUGUGGCAGCCCCACAGGCCUCGCCGCCGCCUGCAGAACGGUUCGAAGAGGUCGACCCUAAGAUCCUGCAGCAGGCCGCUGAGGAGGGCCGCGCCCACCAGCCCCAGAGCCCGGCCCGGCAGAUGCCAGCACCACCCGCCCCGGCCCAGCUGGUACAGAAGGCGCACGAGCUGAUGUGGUACGUGUUGGUCAAGGACCAGAAGAGGAUGGUCCUGUGGUUCCCAGACAUGGUGAAAGAUGUCAUGGGCAGCUACAAGAAAUGGUGCAGAAGCAUCCUCAGGCGCACCAGCCUCAUCCUUGCCAGAGUUUUUGGGCUGCACCUGAGGCUGACCAAUCUCCACACCAUGGAGUUUGCUCUGGUCAAAGCACUCAGCCCAGAGGAACUGGACAGAGUGGCGCUGAACAACCGCAUGCCCAUGACAGGCCUCCUGCUCAUGAUCCUGAGCCUCAUCUACGUGAAGGGCCGCGGGGCCAGAGAGGGCGCGGUCUGGAACGUGCUGCGCAUCCUGGGGCUGAGGCCCUGGAAGAAGCACCCCACCUUUGGGGAUGUGAGGAAGAUUAUCACCGAGGAGUUCGUCCAGCAGAAUUACCUGAAGUACCAGCGCGUUCCCCACCUCGAGCCUCCUGAGUACGAGUUCUUUUGGGGGUCCAGAGCCAACCGUGAAAUCACCAAGAUGCAGAUUAUGGAGUUCCUGGCCAGGGUCUUUAAGAAAGAACCCCAGGCUUGGCCUUCCCGAUACAGAGAGGCUCUGGAGCAGGCCAGAGCUCUGCGGCAGGCUAAUCUCGCUGCCCACUGCCCCCGCAGCAGUGUUUCUGAGGACUAGAAAGGUCCCCAGCACAUUGAUAGUUUCUGACCCAUACUAAGGCUGUGUAAAAGGGUGGAGCUGGGUCAUUAGAUUAUUCCACAUUCGCAGUGCAGCAUUUCAUGUGUAACUUUUAAGUUUUCCAUACAGUGCUUUUGUACCUUUUAAUGCAGUGUAUUCAUUUGUGUACUCUUGGGUAGUGUUUAGGAUUUAUGCAUGUGUGUUUAUAAGUAAGCAAGUGGGUGCUUUCACUUUUGUGCUUUCUUGGAUUUUUGUACAAGAGGUGUGCUGUGCUAAACUUGUGACAUACAUUGAGAUAUUGUGUAUCUUGUUCUUUGUAUGAGACUGGUGAUCUGUAUUAACAGCAACAACAACAACAAAAAUAGGCCCUGGAGAGUAAGCAGGACUCACCAGCAACACAGGCCUGACCAAGAGAAAGGUCAAGGCCCCUCUCCAUAUGACCUCAACUGGCACAGGAAGCAUCUGUGUGGAAUGGACUGAUUUGAGCUGGAAUGUUCUCAGUGUAGGCACUUAGCACACUUUACUAAACAUGUAUCCAACCCCCCCCCAUAAAUAAACUUUGAAGUGAGCAUUAAA